AUGGUUGAGGUCCAGUACCCUGACCGAAGCCCCCUGGGAAGUGCAAGCACCUUCAGCCCUAGCGAAUUCAUAUCUGGACGUAUUUAUACCACGUCCUCUGCUGCAUUUCGAGCUUCGCAAAGUUUGUUUCAUAAAGUGCUCUUUUCGGUGCUCCACUUGCUUCUUCCCUGGCAUGACAACGCGCCUGUAGGAUACGUCCUUAGUCGAUUUUCCACUGAUGUCAACAUUUUGGAUGCUCAAGUCGGAGGCGAUCGUUUCGCUACACUCAAACACUCGAUGGAAAUGGCUGCAGCAUUGAUUGCUGGCACCAUCGCGAAUCCAUACCUCCUUAUUAUCACUGCAACCCUCCUGACGAUGUACCUCUGGUGUGCUCGCCGGUUGAAAACCAUCGCCGAUCCAGGUAUGGUGCUUGUCAUGGAUAACGGGAUGAUCGUCGAAUCGGGCAGUCCGAAGGAGUGA